GUCGAUCGAGUCCUCGAGUUCGGUUUGUCGUCGCGAACACGAGUACAAGUUCCAGCUUAAGCUGCCGUGGCAUAAGAACGAACCUGUUCGGACGUGAUCUGUGAUUUUUUGAAAAAUAUCUUGGAAAUAUUAUUUUCAAAGAACAUCAAGGAUCAUUUAUUAAUCAGAGAAUGGCAUUGCCAAUUUAACAUAAUAUUUAUCUUUUAACAUUGAGUGACGUUGGAGCAGAGAUCUUAUUAGGUGCCUGUAGCUAUAUAUUGAAAGAAAAAGAGAGAGAAAACACAAUAGCCGUGGUGAUUGCACUCUUUUUCUCUUUCUCUUCCUCCCUCUCUCUCUCUCUCUCUCUCUCUCUCUCUCUCUCUUUGUAAUUGCUGAUCAGAUCGGGUGGAGCGUCAAGUGGUAAUAGAUUGUCCCGGCGAGAAGAAAAUGACUUUAUUAGUUGAGUUCUCGUAAAAAUCGAAGCUUGCGGCUCGUUGAGUCGUAAGAGUGCGACGGAUGAUGAGAUAUCGUGAUGAGAAUAUGUGUAUCCUGACAGAUGUUUCGUAAUUUGAGCUUUGAUUAGGCUGGUCGACCCUGCGUUCUUCUGCUUUUUAAAUCUCUGUUGAGGAAUUUUAAUUCAGCGUUUUGUCAACACGCUUGCGAAGUCGUUACGGUAUGAAAAUAGUGCCGCUUUGACUGGCGAAAGUAAAUAAGUAACACUAUCUUAUCGAAUGCUGGCUUAGCGUAAUGAGUAGACUUAAUUUUUGCCGGAGAUUAAAGCGUCAGCUGGCUCGCUCGAUUAAAGUUUCCGUCCGGGUUUCCCGGGUAUAAUUUACGCGUGAUUGAAGUUGCAGUAGUUGUAAGUUUUUCUCAAUUUUUCUUGAAAGUAAAUGUGCUCGAUUUUUAUCAGACUUUUAUAUGGUCGGAAGGAAACGCAGCCAAUCAGUCUCUUCCUGUGUGAAUAACACAGAUUACAGCACUAAUAAUAUCAUGAUUAAUGUAGGCGUAGUCGUUUAAAUUUCAAUUAUUACAUUCGCGCCACCAACAAACGUUAUAGCUCGGAAUUAUAGCCACCUUGUAUAUCGCAGUCCCUCGUAGAGCGAUCGAUCGUAUAAGCACGACGUGGCGCAAUCCUGGAAAAGUACUCGUUUUCCUGAAGCACCCGAUGUACAACAUAUUAUCUCGAGAUCUUUGAAGAUCAACUUAUAAGACCCCCCGAUGUUUUGUCUCCCGACGUCGAUUACUGAUUUAUACUGAAGACACGUCGUGAUUUUUAUCUCAACUGUCCGUUAUCGAUGCCAUACAAAAAUCAUAUAGCGAAAGAGAAUUUCUCGGGAAUUCCGUCAGCCAAGAUCGAACAUUUAAUAGCAAAUCUAAUUUUCGCGCUAGUCUGCCCCUCAAAAACGUGAAAAGAGCUGGACAAAUCGUAUUCUGUCGCCGCUCCACUUGAAAACCCGGACUCACGAUACGACCGGUGCCCUUUUAUCUUUUCUUUCCCAAACAGUCCCGCCUGGUAAAUCGAGCAAACAUGAAAUAUGGGUCAUAAAGGUGUCUAUCGAGCGAGCAGAAAAGGAGAGAGAAAGAGGAAUAACGCGACACUUGGUUUCGUUCUCUAAGGACUCCGUCGCCCUCGUCUUUUCCGCCACCUACCCAUCCCCAGCCACCCCCUGGCCGCCUUUCCACCGCCUUUCGCGCGCAAGCCCCGUGCAUCCGCUGACAGCUGCAGCUGCGCGAGCUCCUUGCAAGAGGCAGGUGCACACCCUUCUGCAACUGCAGUUGCCAGUAUUCGCCGCCUCGGCCUGCGAGCUUCAAGUUGCUGUUUGUCAAAAUCGAGGAAGAUCCUCUCGUGACACCUCUAACAGUUGCUACACCUUUCACGCUCGCGUUGCAUCGCGAGAGACACGACCUGUCUGUUGUUUACAGCGUCGUCGUCGCUUCCCGACGAACAUGAGAUCGAUAUUAUUAUCUUGACAAAAAAUACGAGUUCCAUGCCCUGCCAUGGAGAUGUUGUUUAACUGCGGCGAUUGAAAAGAGAAAGAGAGAAACCGAAAGUCCGCGUCUGAACGAAUUAUGAUACACGUGUCGUCCGAGAGCGCGCUCAGGUAUGACCGGGUGAAGCGUAAAGGUGCGGCUUUUUUCACGAACCUGUUCAAGUCGAAGAAGCUGGCGUUAGGGAUGAAGAUUAACGAGGACGAAGAGAUGGAGCGCGCGCCCAGGGUGGAAACUCCCGCGGUCAUCACCACUGGUUGUCGUCGGAACGGCUUCGAGAAUGACAAUACUAUGUCGCGAAUUCCGUCAACCUUGAGCGUGACAGCAGUGGACGUUGUCGUUGCCUGUCAGCCGUCACCAUCGCACUCCAUUCUGACCUUGACACCCGGUAGAACGCGUAACAUCGAUCAGGACAUGGAGGCGCUCAGACUGAGUCGUCAGGACAAUCCUUUUCUGCAGGUACUAGCGAGUCGCGAGAGCCUCGUGGAAUCGAUCGAGGAGUCCGAGUCUGACGAUGCGAUUCUGAUGUCGCAGGAAUUGGGCGAUGCGGAUCCUUUGACACUCGCGCAGGUACACGAGCAUCUGGUGCGCAGUCCACCGCCGGCGUCUUGGCCCAAUUCCACGGCUUUCCACUUUCCCCAUCAGGAUCCGACCAUCACCCCGGGCAAGAACGACAGCAACACGGUGCCACCGUCUAAGAGCCCGUCGAGGACGCCGUCGCAUCGCGGCAACGAGCAUGAGCUCUCCAGGAGCGAACCGUCGACGGACAUCAGAGAUCGACACUCGCAUCCAUUCUCGUUACUUCAUCCGACGCCGAUUCGCUCGUUGUCGGAAGUUCGACGACUUCAUCGCUCGGCGGACGACAGCGUGCAGCUGAUGUCGAGUGAAUAAGCCACAGCGGGACGUCGGGAAGCGAUCUUGAUCGUUGAGAACGGUUCCUCGUGAACGAAGGACAUCGACUUCCGUAAGUCCGGGCGUGUUCGGAGCAACGGCUGCCGACGAGUUGACUUGGAAGGACUUGGAGCGCGGCGAAGACGAGUUCGCGGUCGCCUCCAGGCAAGUUUUGUCCUGAUAUCGAGAGAGGGUCGUUGAAAACGAGAAGCACGAAGGAUCAUCGAGGGAUCUUCUCGCGUAUACGACCCUUGAUUCGCGAUGCGUUGUUUUGAGGCACGCGCGUGAAAUUGAGACGAUGAUCGUCGAGGCAACACACACAGAGCAAUUAACGAUGCUUCGAAGCGCAUUUUUCAAGCGCGAUUCUCAAGCGCAAUUAAUGCUCUUUCCAGAGCAGAGAUAAAGAGACGCAGUCUCUAUGAAGACGUGAUCAUUUUGUCGUUGCAGUCCAUCGGACUUUGAGUGAUCAUUUGUUGAAUUUAUUCCCGAUCGGUUGAUCAAAAAAUUGAUUCUCUUGUGCUUUCAUAAAAAUUCACCUGACUAGCUUAGAUUACUUUGAUUGACAUUUAUCUAAUUUUUGUAAUUCAAUGAGUAACGUAUAAUUAUUCCCAAUUACGAUUGCAUAUUUUACGAAUGGGCCUAUUUUUUACAGCCAUUUGGCAGUCCAAAUACAUCGACGUUCUCUUUAUUGCUGUUCUUUGUACUCAGUGAUUGACGGUCGCACAUGUUGAUUUUCAUAUCCGUUCGAGCAGCAACGUACGAACAACUAGAACGUUAGUUUACAAUACAAACGAUAUUCCGAGAGAAAUAUACAUCAUAGUUUCUUGAGGCUAUGCCAAACCGAGAUAUUUCCAGAUAUUUGAAGAUAUUGUGUGAAACACCUUAUACACUAGUUUGCAGAACACUUUGCAGAGAUCUCUGAAGAGUCACAUUAUCGUAUAUUUACUAUCUAAUUAACAAAGGUAUUGUCUCUGCUAAGUCGUCAGCUGAGUGAGAAUCAAACAAAUAUUAUUUAUCAUAUUUUUGAGAACUUCGCAAUUUUUGUGUAAUUUUAAUUACAUUUGUAUAUAUUUUUAGACUUUAUCGAAGAGCGACGUAGCGUCGCGUAACGAUUAGAACGUCACGUUAGAGCACCGCUCGUAAUUAUUAAUUAUUAUUACGAGGACAAUGUGUAUUGUCCCGAGAUCUGUUAUAGAUAUGAUAGUUAUUGUUGACGCACAUGUCUAAUUAUUCGUGCAAUUUAAAUGUCUAUUUUACGUAGCUGUUUUAGAAAUGUUUCAUAUUUAAUUGUAACGUCUCUUCUAUACUAAUUGGACAUUAUCUCUUGACUCGAUCUUGAUUGUUGUUGAGCCGCGAGAUAUUUUCUUCUUUUAAAUAAUUUAACGUGCAAUUUUUUGCUAUAUUGAAACUCUCUGACUUCUAAGGGCAAUUUUGAGAAGAUAAUUUCGUCGAGACAAGUGACACACAACUUUGUGACUCACGAAGAUUAAUUAAUUUCUAACGCUGACGAUGCGCCAAAUGUACAGGCCUCAAUUAAACUAUUCCUCAAAUUAGAUGAGUAAACGAAUAGUCGUAAGAACUUUUUUAUGAGGCAAAGCAGUGGACGGGUUUGUCGAUAACGAUUUAUUCCCGGCAUAUUGAAAGUAAUAUUUCUUUUAACGAUAAAAAAAACCGUCGUCAAUGAAUUCUCAACGAAUCAGCCAAUUAUUUCUCCUUCACUUUCUAAGAUGACGAUCGAUCUUUUUCUGACGUAAAUUGUAAUGUAAAUAGAAUCUGACGUGCUCUCUUAAAUUUCAAUAUCGUCAAAUCUAUCAACAAAAUUAAUAUAAUAUUAAUUUUGUUAUAUUAAAUUAGUGUUUAUAUUAAUAAAUAUCAGUAUAUUAACACAUUUUCGCGUGACGCUCGUGUGAUACACGAAGCGUAUCACUACUUCAGAGCGAAUGCAGAUGUGUUUUAAUUGACGUUUAUAUUAAAUUAAUAUAAAAUAAUGUCUUUGAAAACUUAUAAGAAAAGUUGCAAAAGAUGUUAUUAAACUUGUUGCACUCUUGAAACGUCAAUUACUUGCGGAUAGAUGUAUAGUCAUAGCUCGGGAGAUUUUAAAUAUUUGGUCAAUGCAAGAUCGAAGAUUAGAUAAUUAUUCUCUUGUAAUUGCUCUUCCUCGCCACGUAGUAGGCGUCAUUACGAGUGUUAGAAUUUAAUCUUUUCGAUUAUCUCGGACAGUCUUUUUCGUGUGUAUAAAUUUAUCGUCCAUUUGUUGCAUUCAACGACAGAGCCCGUCAGUUUCUUUUACAGGUAUACGUCGAAAAGUGUUCGAUGCGAUUCAAACGAUUAAGUUUAAGCGAUAUUAGAAAUGGGUGGCCAAUCGAAUGCAGAGUAGAACUGUAUUUAUCCGAGGAAGAAGAGAAGUGUGGAACAAUGCUAUUAAAGUACUAUCAUUAAAGCUCAUACAUACUCUCAUAUACUCUCUCCAUUCAUAUAUAAAAGGUCAUAUAAACCAACUGUGUGCUAGGGCGACUUCGAACUCAUUACUUAUAAUGCGGAACGUAUAUUACGACAAUUAAGGAAAAUAGAAUUUUCCCAUCCCCCCGUAAAGGUAUCUCUUUGUAAAAUAAUACACCUCGUUUUCGAUCGGCCACCCGGUUAGCGCCGCCGACCGGAACGGAACGGGGCGCGACUUUAGCAGGGUUUAUACGGACUUUGGAGAAAAAAAAAGAAAAAGAAGAAAAAUAGAAAUAUAGCGGAGUAUCUAGAAAGUUACUGUAUAUCGAAUAGAAUCCAAUUGACUUGGC